AAAAAAAUCGACUGUCACAACCGUCACAACUGUCAUAGAAGAAGUAAACAUGGCUGUGUGGAGUACCCUUUUACGUUCUUCGGGACGAAAUAUUCCACUUUUAAAGGCAAUAAAUACUCCCAUUGUUACCAAAACAACACAGAAUGUCAUCGUACGACAAAUGGGCGGUCAUGGUCCGCGGGAAUUUGUCAUCAGACCGUCCCGUUUUCAAUGGGAUAAGUUCAAGGAUUUAUUCCAUUUCUUUGUUAUGGUUGGUGUGAUACCUGCAAGCGCUGUUGUUUUUUGCGUCAACGUGUUUGUCGGACCAGCUAAACUAACACCGAUUCCGGAGGGAUACGUUCCAAAACAUUGGGAAUAUCAUCGACAUCCGAUUUCACGGUUCCUCGCGCGAUAUAUGUACCCAUCACCACAAGAAGAGUACGAGAAAUAUUUACAUUUAGUUGCGGAGGAAAAGGAGCGCAUGAUGUUGCGGAAAGUCGAAGACGAAAUUAAGAACAAGAUGGCAUUGCGACACGAUUAUCAAUCCUACUACUACAAGCCGGCUAUUGGAAAAUAUCAUCGUAUUUCGAAAGAACAAAUGGAAAAAAUGGAGGCGAUUCAAGGCACUAAGUACUAGUUAUGUGCAGUUGAUUGGGUGUGCAACAUGUGUAUACCACGAAAUAGGAUCGUAUUUAGUUUCGUUAACUGAAUGCUAGCGCUCUUGAGUUUAUGGUCAAUAAAAAUGAUCGACAAAAAUG